AUGGCGAAACUCACGGCGAUCGUCCUGCUCAUGUUGCUGGCCGCCGCCGCAACGGCUGGCACGGUGGUCACUGGCGCCGCCGGCGCCAUCCCAGGUGGCCAACAAGCCAGGAGGAGCCGUUUCCUGCUUGCCAACUCGCCGUCGCCGUACGCUUGCUCCAAGAAGUCAGCGGUCGCCGUGUGCUUGGCUCCGGGCAGCCCAGGCGCGACGUGCUGCGGCGGGCAGUGCGUGGACACGGUGGCCAGCGCCGACCACUGCGGCGGCUGCAACAAGGUCUGCAAGCACGACCGGAGCACGUGCUGCGGCGGGCGCUGCGUCGACCUGCUCUCCGACGAGGACAACUGCGGCGCGUGCGGGAACCAGUGCGGCAACAAAUGCAGCAACGGCUUCUGUGACUACGCCCUGUAA